AAUACAAAUAUAUGACUUUGCUGACGUCAUGGAACACAUGACCUUGCGUAGUUUUACUGUUGAAGAGGGAAGUCGACCAUCCGCAAAGAAAAUAGCAGUAGCCAUUUUAGAUUCUGCUUUUCCUGACGAGGAGAGGGUGAGAAUUGCGGCCGACCAAGCCAAAGAAAAAGAUAUAGAAAUAUUUGUUGUUGGUGUUGGUGCUGGCGCUUCCUACAGGGAGCUGACCAUCGUUGCAAGCUCACCGUUUGAAGAUCACAUCUUUGAAGUUGAAUCAUACGAUGACCUACCAAAGGUGACUGACAAAGUGAAACUCAAUGUAUGCAAAGAUCUAUGAUCGGCUCAGUCUUUCUGUGCACAAAAUGAAGACCUAAAACAACAUGAUACAUCUGAGAUACUUAACACAGCUAGCUGCAAUAGUAGUUUUGAAUUUGAUAAAUUGAGUAUAUAAUAAAACAUAAGUGUGAAAAAA